AUGCAACGAUCACAGACUAGUCUGGGAAUGAUCCAGAAGAAGGAGGCAACGAUGGAGUUGAUAAAGAAUGAUAUGAAGAUAACGAUAGAUAGGUUGAAUAGUGGAGUCAAUGAUCCUGAUGUGUCACUCGAUCGCCUGUUGCUAUGUGGCGAUGCAAUACGACAGACACAGGAGAACUUUGACUCCAUGUCACAUCUGUUGAAGCAGCCACAGUUCAAGUUCAACUCACAGGCGCCUCUGCCCACCGAGCCCAAACUGACUCAACUAAAGAAAGUGCUGAACCAAAAGGUGGAGAAGGCCACCAUAUACUCCACUGCCAUCUACAUGUAUCUGCUCAAGUGCAAAGACGAGCGAGAGAUUGAUCAGAUCUUCACCAUCAUCGCAGAGUUCUAUUCCAAGUUGUCUCAAGCCUGUGCGUCCUUCUCAUGA